GACCGGAAGAACAUGACCGCUCAGCAGUUUAAAAAACCGCAAGUUAACCACUGUGUUUGCGAAGAAAGCAAUGUAACCCGCCACUAUUUAAAAUGUAACAUCACUGUCACCAUUACCGAAGUUUAAAGGACUUGUUUAUCACUUCUUUUGGUCAAACAGCCGCCAACUACACCAGAAAGCCGAAAAACAGUAUUUUACUGUUGUUUACACUUCGUGGACUCGGUAUCUACGAGAAAGGGAAAGCAAACAUAAUGACCUUGGAUACAUUUCUUUAAACCUAAAUCGGAACAACAACAGUGGGACUGCAGAUGUGAACACAGACUGAAGAUAGCCUAUCCAACAGCCUGACGAUGAGGACUCAGGAUUACGGUGAGUCCCGUGCGUGCGCGAAGCGUGCAUGAACAGGGUGCAGUGCGUGUUUAUUACUGGGUUUGUUGCAUCAGUGUCAAUAUUAGCCUUGACGUGUGUGUGUGCAAAGUGUGCGUGCCUGUGUAAAGUGUGUACAUUGAUUAAUUAUAGUGGGGUGAAUUGCAUAUUGAUUCUGUGCAAGUCUUCAGUCUUACUCUGAAGCAGUUCUUCACUUAAUUUGCAGUCAAAGACAUACUUCCUAAAUUUGCUGCUCUUACUGAACAAAUUGAAACGCCAGACUAGAUGUAAGGCACAUUAUAUCUCUAUUUGAGAAGAGGUCUUUACAGGCUGAGAGUGAAAUGUUUGGACCUGAUUGGCUGUAUAUUAAAAUCAAACAGAGGGAAUGAUGAGACUUUUUAAAAAGUCUCCAAGAAGAGCUUGAAAAAUAAAUAAACAAGGGUCCAUGUGGAAAACUUUUCAUUCAACCAAUGCAUGUAAAUGCUAAGGGCAGUGCCUGAUGUGAUGUUGAAGGCAGUCAGGCAGGUGACCCUAGCUAAUAAAUCAAUCUGGAGUACAAUAAAGGACUUAAAUGUCUACUACCAUACCUUAUACUGCUCAGUAUUUCAAAACAUUCACCUCAGCUGAAAUACAGAGUCAGACAGCUCUCCAAAAUCCAGAGCAUGUUACAUAAUAUUUUAUGUUAACAUUUGUUCAAUGACUUUGGUCUUUCAUCUGGUACACAUUUUGUUAACAUAUGAUGUAUUGAUUCCAAGAAAUAUAUAAGAGUGUAAAAAGUGUGACAACUAGCCCCGGUCUCUCCUACAUAGUUGCAACAUCUGCUGUUGUGCCUUUUAUAGCAUAUGUAUUUUUCAUAUAGUUAUUGCCGCCUUGGAGAAAACAUCAUCAACCACCACUGAGCUUAGAUAGUUUUAUUAUAAAAAAUGACUGAAACUACGUCCAAGUAUCACUCGGUCAUUGAAUUACUUAUCCAUGAAGUUAUUAUCGUGGAAAUGAAUUAUUCCACUCUUAACUUUGAAUCCCCCGUAGCGCUCUUAUUGAACUCUGGCAGCCUCUGGGCUCCACUUUCAGCACCACUUCAAUAUACCUAUAAAAAAUGAUGAGCUAAAUCGAAGGUUGGAACUUUACAACAAAAGUAACCAGAUAAAGAGGUAUGACUCACCAAGCUCACAUUUUCUCUCCGUUCCUGACAGUUCCAAGCAGCUUUUUGUGACAAAAGGCAUCAUUAUGGCUUGCACCUUUUGCUUUCUUGAGCAUCUUUGUAGCAGCAUGUUUUGUCAGGCUGUGUUCACCUCUGGCUUUUUCAUAGCAUGAAGUGCAGAAGGCUUUUGUUGAGUCACGGUUGAUCAGCUCGACCCAAACAUCCUCUUUGCUUCUCAGUGCUUGUUGUAGUGUCAAAGUGCUUUCUUUUUUUCCAGUCUACCUGUAUAUUUACACAAAUGAGUGCCACAAGCAAGCCGAAGACAAAACUUUGUUUCGUGGUAUUUGGUGCAUUUUAUGCCCAGUUUAGUGAAUCAGAAAUACCUGAAGAAAAUAUAAUAAUAAUAAUAAAUAAUAAAUAAUAAAUAGAAUAUGUCAGAAAUGUUUAUUUCCACCACAGGAUGAACUGAUCAGACUCCAGGGGUCAAAGGUCAAGACUGUAUCAUUCUCUUGAAUUUUACAACCCCCUUUCUGACAAAAUUGAGAAGCUGUAUAAAAUAUCAACAACGUUGGGUUUUGAUGGUUCGCUGUUCAUUUGAAUCCUGUAUUUGAUUGACAACAUAUCAAACUAAAACAAUCACUCUGAAAAGUUGGGACAAAUUGUUCUAUGUUAAAACACUUAAAGGAACAAGGAGCAUCUCCGAACAAAAUCAACUGCAUAAGGUCAGAAAGGCUCAGCUAUCUUACGUCGUGUACAUGUACAUCUAUAGUUAAUGCAAAGAUGAAAUUAGACACCUGUUCUUGUCUGGCAACGUAAAUGGCAUGAGAUGAGAUUUACAUGUGAAAAUGAGUGAACUAUGUACAGGAAUGAUGAAAAUUUGCAACAAGGUCCAUGCACUGCUGCCGUCAUUUGCUUAUUUGUGAGUGUGAACUCAAGUGCAGUGUUAAUGCACCGAUAGCUAACUAGCAAACUAAUCGUAACGGUUUCUCAGCAAUUGGAGACAACCUAUUUUUAGCAUCAAGACAGAGAUAUAAAAGAGCUAUCAAGGAGGAAAAUAAGUGAGGAGGUCGAGUUAACACUAGAUGGUCAUGAUCUUUGGGCCCGUAGAUGCUACUGCAUUGAAAAAAGACACGACUCAGCAGGGCUUCACAGAGCGACCAUUUCACUCGCAUUAACGAGUAAUAAUAGAUGUGUGCGAAUUGUAAAAUAUAUUCAGGGGUACAUGUGGGCAUAAAAAAAUUAGCUGAGGCAAACCGCAGUGAAGUUAGUUUUAGGUUAGCUAUUCGACGGACAUUCACUGCAGAUCUACCUGUGUCUUCUCACUCUCCAUAACCGGUAAUAGCAAGAGCAGCACGGUUAAAUCAACUCGGCACCCUCGCUGUCAGUGUUGGGUGUUGAAUAAGGGACCAUCAAUAAAUUACCAGUUGAUGUUCUCAGAAAAGGCUGUUUUCCUUCAAAAGCUGCCAUGUCAUGUGACCAAAAGACCUAAAAUUGAUUUAAAAUAAUAGUACUUAUGUUGACCAAUAAGACAAACAUUAUUUGAUUAAUUUUCAUUGUGUCCCUAAAGUUCUUUUUGUGCUCCUUACUUUUUCAACUUAGAAGCACAUGUGCUCCUUGUGAAAAAAGUUAGUGUCAAGCCCUGCUCUGUAGUGGAGAUCGCUGCGUGGUCUCAAAUUCACUUUCAGAAACCACUGUCUGUGAGCACAUGAAGUCCCUGCAUCCACAAAUACACCCUUUUUUUGGAAUUGAAAUAAAGAAAUGAGAAGUUUGUAAAAUACCUCCAGCUGAUUAAAAUAUUUACACAUUCAGAGCAGAUGUCAACGAAUGUUUUGAACAUUUUUCUGGAGCGGCUCUCAUCAAAUAUUUAUCUUACUACUUCAGAAACAUACUUUGAUGCAGUCUCCGGAUUUUUUUGUCUUGCGGGGAUAGUUAAACUUUUAACAGUGGCUGCUGUGGUUUCAAACUCCUGUGUUGUCUUUAUGUUGACAGGUUGAGGGUUAAAGCCCAGCUCACACAGUCUUAUAGGUUGAAGUGCCCUUUAGUAAAGCACUGAGCCCCAAGCUACUGUCAGUAGAGACAGGGGUGUGUACAUGUGUGUGUGAAAGGAAUAAAUUAAUACUGAUGCGCACUUUGCAUAUGUGUCCGCCAUUCGCGAUUGAAUUUAGUCUGAAUGUUUGCUGAAUGUAAAUGUAACAGUGCCGUGCUUUAGAUGAAUAAGAAGAAAAACACCCUACACAUAUGCAGUCCAUGUCCCAUUUACUAUACUGCAGACGAAAGAUCCAUGUCUACCAGCUCUUACCAAUCCUUCGAAACAAAUUAUUUUUGCAAUAACUCUCAUUUGUUCCUUGUUUUCAUCCUGUUGUUGCCUCCAGGCUUUACAAGGAGAGAGAUAAGGAGUGUCUUACUUCUUAAAGCUUGUUUUCACUCUUGCCUGUCUUUCAUACUUCUCAGACAUGUGCAGAAAAAUCUCAGCAAAUUAGGCAGACAUGAAUAUGUCUCUCGGUAUUUCAGGCUUGUUGGUUUAAUUAUUCUGAAGAGGACUGAAUGCGGAUGUGACUGUAUCUCCAUGCAUGCAUUACAACAUAUGAAAGAGUCUUAUUCUGCUUCUCCUGCACCCUCAGAGAUGAAUAGUGAUAACAGCUGUGCUCUCUUGAGUAACAGACUGCAAACUGGUACAUUCAAACUGGCAAUCAUUGUUUUCAUUAAGGUAUUUCUUUAUAACCCCAAAAGCAGAGUUUAAUAACAGCCUAAAUGGGCAAAUUUAGGAGCCAGACCACUUCUUUUUAAAUUAGCCUGUUAGUUUCUGCAUUCAGUCAGUCCAUUUGCUUUCAGAAGUGCAAUUUAAAAAAGUGUAAUAAUUUUCUCAGGAUCUUGAUUGUUGUUGUGGUUUUUGACAGACUCUUGUGAGUUUCUUUUGUAUGCUGGGAAAUUAUCGCUACAUCAAAUAUUUUAAAAAGAGAGAUUCAGUGUCCGCGCCAUACGGAGAAGCGACACUGAAAACUCGAGUCUUUCUAAUAAAGUUUUUGUUGUUGCUGUCGCUAUUGUAGGUAGUUAUUAACACGAAACGUCACCCCAAGUAUUUGUCCCCCCCUUAAAUUGGUUUUAAUUCGUUUUCUUCGACACAAGAAUCAUCAAUAUGACCUUCUGGAGCUUUUAUUUUGGCACUUCCGGUUUCCGACCGUGAAUUUGCAUAUUAGCUAAAUAUUUAGUUUCACCCAACACAUUUAGAUUUAACAUUUAGAUUUAUAUUUAACAUUUAGAUUUAUAUUUAACAUUUAGAUUUAGAUUUAACAUUUAGAUUUAGAUUUAACAUUUAGAUUUAUAUUUAACAUUUAGAUUUAACAUUUAACAUUUAGUUUUAGUAUUUAAAUGUUGUUGUAAAUGCGCAAAAAAAUGACUGCCGAAAAUUCACAUCACUUUUUUAAAUGCUGUUUGAAGCUAAAUGUGACUAAAUCUUGCUGUUGUUUUGCUAAAUGUGACCAAAUCUUGCUGUUGUUUUUAUAAUGGGCUGCUUUACAAACGGCACCCCAUACCAGAGAGACUCCAGAUUUGAAUUAAAUCUUGAGGCGUUAAAUUUAAUCUUGAGUCAAACUUUUCUAACACAAAAUCCUCAUUUCAAAUCAAAAACAUUAUUAAUCCAGGAGGACAGUGUCCUGAUAAGGUAGCUUAAACUUCAAAACAAAAGCGUAGUUUGACCAUGUUGUUAAUAAAGCAACCUACACAACAGAAAUAUUACCAAAAUAAAAGCAUGACAAAAAACAUUGUUUUAAGUUUUGUUAUUCAGUCACAAGGCUGCUGAUGUGAAUAAAUCACAAAUUUGAAUGUCAUUAGAAGUGGAUGAACAUGUAAGUUAAUUGUGUUUGUUGGUGAAGUUAAUGAAGUAAUGUGCUGCUCCUGCUUUGUCUUUCUUUCAUAAAUUUGACAGAUUGUGAUUUAUUUUUUUAAGUGUCCCAAAAGUAUUGUGAUAAUAUUUUUAUGACGGUUUAUGGCCACCAUAACUGAUCUGAUCCCCUGUCAAUCCUGAUGUUGAUGUGUCAAUCUGCGAAUUCAAGUUAUGAGGAUGCCAAUGUGUUGGGACAUUGUGUUGCCUCAUGUGAAUAUGAAGAAGGGGACUGUCUGAAAAAGCUGCACUGAUACUGUAAGUUACCUAGACUGGCUGGGCCGUCCAGUUGCGUGAAUUACUUGCCAUUCCUUCCCACAACAGUCUGGACUUUGGCCAAUUGAGAGCGGGUAUUAGAAAUCAGAAAAUAACCGGGCCAAUCACUGACUGUGUUUCUACUGUUCCCCGGACAACAGGUAAAAGCAGCCCCUGAUUGGUCCAUGUGUAGAUGGUGACGUCUAACACAUGCUGCGGGACUUUUCAAAGCGCCGUUCAUUCAGAACGCCGUUAAUUCUGCAGUUGACUUUGCAAAGUCGGCAGAAAUCAUUUAUAUUCGCAGAAGAAGACGUAAAAGACAUUGUUUGCUCACACACGUUGAAAUAUUAACAAACCUUUACAUGAUGCUUGAGAUCCCAGCAGGGAACACAGUUGCGCACUGUGAUGACGUCAGAUGUUUGGUUACGGUGAUUGGUUACAGUAGUCUGUCUAUCAAGGAAAGUACUCCCGCCCACUUUUAGGGCUCCCAAUUGGCCGAAGUCCAGACUAUUGUGGGAAGGAACGGCAAGUGAUUUACGCAACUGGAUGGCCCAGCCAGGAUAUAAGUUACCUAUGUCAGCUACAGGUCAGCUAUUGUAGAGUGUAAAGAACCCAUUUUACAUUAUAUUCAAAGAGGUCCAUCAAAAGAAAGCAAUGGAUAGUCACCAUAAACCACAAUGAAAUACACAUCACAAGUUAAAUUGUGUACAAUGAAUUGAAACCAUGUUUUAUUAAGACAAUAUGCUUUGAAAAAUCACACACACUGUACACAAAAGAAUCACAUUUAUCUGUAACUUUGAGGAUAAAACAGAUGCAAGAAGAGUUCUCUGGCCUUUCUGACCCUUAGGAAAUAAUUGAAGCUUCUGGUUAGUGUGUAGUCUGAUUGUUGGAUCAAUUUCCCUGAGGACACAACUGUUUUUAAAGGAUAAGGGAUUAUAGGAGGAAUUUUUUUUUACAUUGUACUGCAUAUAAUAGUGUUCUUUGACCUGCUGACACGGUUUACUCUGUCUGCAUAUGACUAUGAAAAUUGUUACAGCCAUAUGCUGCUUGUGUCUUUUUUUUCCCCUUUUGUCUUCCCUAGCUCUGCAGAGGUUGUGUCACAGAAUUGAUAGUCGCCAUCACCUGGUCCUGAGAGUUUAAAACCCAACAGCUGCCAGCAGUAGCAAGAGGCAUUGGAUGAAUAAAUCCCAUGUUACAGUUUUGAUGGUGUUUUUUGUUGCUUUCCAUGAGUCAUUGUGUGAAUAGUUGUUAUGGCUGAAGCAUAACAAAGUAUGUUGGCAUUUUUUUUGUCAUGGCUGUUUCCUUGGGGUUGCAAACAAGCAGGAAUUUUUUGGCACUACUCCUAGUUACAGGAAUAAAAAGAGCAGAGUUACGAUUGUGUUUGCUCAAAGCAGCUGCCCUUUGUAAAUCCAGAGAAUUUCUUUUCUUGGGCCUUGACGCUGAUCCUUUAUUCUCAGUGAACAUGUUUGUUAUGGCACAGUGAGUUUACAGACUGUGCCGUGUCUAUGGUUUAUAAAGAUUAAUGAGACCCUUUUCUUCCGAAUGCAGGCUCGAAUACUUCUUCAAUAUCAAGUGGUCUUUUUCUCCUAAUUUAACAAUCAGUUUAUUCUAGUGCUCUUCCAGUGUCAGGGGCUGCUUUGGCCUUUUAAAACCCACCAGUUCAAGAGAGUGUUUUUGUUUCCCACUCAGGGGAAUGAAAGCAGAGCAACACUUAAACUUUUUAAUUGAAAUUGUUCAUGCAGUCUUUUAAAGGGAUAUUGUGGCGUAAAAUUAAUUAAGGGUCAAACACCCAGUUAGACACCCUCUCGAGAGAUGAAUGUUGCUGACCGCUUGCUUCUCUAGUUAUACCAACUUUAGUAACGACUGCACGACAGCAAUACACAGCGGUCUAAGGAGCCAUAAAGAAACCUCAACAAAAACGCCACUAUAUAGCCACAAAUGAUACUCAGAACAGCACCUAACUUCAUCAACAGCACAUAUAGGGUCCCAGUCAUAGCACUAGCCAUCAAAAAUCUUUUUAACUUUGCCUGAUUUCUUUAGUAAAGAGACCAAACACAACAGUCCAUUAUGGACUACAGCGGGGUGACGCAGCUCAAGGAAGAACAUUUAUGAUUAUUUCUUUAUGGAAAUACAAUCAGACCGAGACGUUAAGGCAGAAGAGUUAACGUGUCUGCAGUGCAAAAUGAUUAAUAUGGUGAUUAUUACUUCAAGGAAAUAAUAAAGACAUGAUCAUAAAUGUUCUUCCUUGAGCUGUGUCACCCCGCCUCAUGUCCGUGAUUUUUUUUUCGGCUCUUUGCUAAAGAAAUCAGACAAAGCUGAAAAGAUGUUUGAUGGCUAGUGCUGUGGCUAGGACCCUGUAUGUGCUGUUCUGAGCAUUAUUUGUGGCUAUAGAGUGGUGUUUUGGUUGAGGUUUGUUAAUGGCUCCUCAAACUGCUGUGUACUGCUAUCGUGUGGUCAUGACUAAAGUUGGUAUAACUAGAGAAGCAAGCGGUCUGCAACAUUCAUCUCUCAAGGGGGAGUCUAACUCGGUGUUAUGGUGUGUUUGACCCUAAAUUAAUUUUAAGCUGGAAUAUCCCUUUAAGAAAGACUUUUCAUACUAAAACUCAGUGCACACGUCCUCUUGUAACGUUUAUUAUAAAGAGCAUAGUGUACAUUUUUGGGCUAUUUAAUGUUUUUCUCAAACAAUAACAGUCAAGAAACCAAAUAACGAUCAAACGAUCAAAAAAGCAAUUGAAGAGGCGGUUCAGUUGCUGUUUGGCUGAUCUCUUCUGUCAUUGUACAUCACAGCCCCUGGAGGGUAAAACACCACCGCGGGCUCCUCGGGCGCGCCGAGUGGAGCCAGCACGUGCCUCUGCUCGUCCGCCUCCUGUUUGGUGGUGGCCGUGAUCGGCCGUACGUUUGGUGAAGUCAUCCUCCAGAAGAGUUUCUUCAGCGCCUUCCUGAACUCCUGCCUCGUCAGGCAGUACAGGACCGGGUUCAGACAACUGUUGGAGUGCGCGAGACACACGGACACGGGGAAUACGUACACCUGCGUGGUGUAGUACUCAUAAGUGAAGUGAACCACGUUGAGUUUCAUAAGGAUCCCCCACAUGGUGAGCGCCUGGUUUGGCAGCCAGCAGAGGAAAAACGACAGAACCACGAUGGUGACAGAUUUGGUGACUUUUGCGCGCCGUUUCGCGCUCGAUGUGUGGAUGUUUUUAGACGUGAUGAAGCGCAACAGAAGAAGAUAACAGGCAGAUAUGAUCCCGAGCGGUACCACAAAACCCAGCAGCACUUUUUGAGAAUGGUACAGUCCUAGCCAAAGCUGCGCGCUUCCGUUUGUUUCCGGGAACUUGACGAGACACAAGUCCUCAUUGGAAACGGUCACUGUUGUGGUGAAAACCGCGUGCGGCAGAGCGGCAGACAUAGCUGCAAACCAGAUGAAGACUGCGAUGCAGCGCGCGGCGCAGCAGAGCGGUCGCCGCCUCCUCCCUUUGAGCGCAGAGGCGAGGGACCAGUACCGCGCCACGCUCAUGGCAGUGAGGAAAAACACGCUGGCGUACAUGUUCAUAGCUGUCACAUAUGACACUAUCUUACACAUCGCUUUGCCGAAGAGCCACGUGAAGUCCAGCGCAUUCUCCACCGCCCAGAAAGGCAGAGUGAGCACGAACUGUAAGUCAGUCACCGCCAGACUAGUUACAAACAAGUUGAUGGAGGAUUUUUUCCACAUGCGUUUAGUCUUCAUCAAAUACAGGACCAGCACGUUCCCCACCAGACCCAGCGCACAAACCAGCGAGUAAAUGACAGAGAUGACAACCCGCACAACAGCGGCGCCAUCUCCUGCAACAUCCGUUUUAGCGAAGUCUGACAGGUGGAAAAAGUCCCCAAGAGAGCGGUUCCACGUGUUAAAAACACCGCUAAAGUUAAAGGUUGCGGCAUCGAUGCCUGCUGAGCCUUCGUAAGUGAUGUCCAUGAGAUCUUCAGACAUUUUAAUCUCAGCCUCAUAUCAUCUUUUCUCAGGUCAUGGCCAGGAAUCCUUUAAGAACAUGCUUUUGCGCAAGCUCCUAUGUUAUUUGCAAGUCAUGUGUAAGAAACAUAUCCUACAGCGAGAGGCUUCUAAAUUAACUCAUAACCAAGGUAUAAACAGAAAACUCCGAGGUGAAGCGGCGCGUCUCUGAGGGGUGAUAGAGCUCCUCGGGUUUCCGUGUUGCUCUGAGAUUUUCUCCGUGCGUCUCAGCUCUUCAUCCGUGGGGGGGAAAAAGCGUCCUGACGCAAAGCUCAGGCGCACUCGGGCUCUGUCCUUGGUCCUGAGACAACACAAAGGGGAGGAAAAAAAAUCACACCAUAGCUCAUAUUGUGCUAUGAAUCCUUAUAAUUAAAACUGCCCUGAGUUUCACCAAAGUACUUUAAAAACGUCCCUUUUUAGGAUAAAAAGCGUCACAUUUGCAGUAGAAACAGAACCUCAAUUCACAUCUCAAAACACUAAAGGCAAAGAUUAGGAAGGGCGGAACGAAUAGAAACACUUAUGAAGGGGAAGGUUGCGUGCGGGGGUGAUGUCGACAUCUACUUAAAGCUUUUGUGAUCCAACUCAAAGUCAUCCAUUGGCGGUUAUUUGCUGCCGACUGGUUUUACUUUUAUGUGUGGCUCAGAGUGUGUAAUUUGCAGCCACAAUCUUUUUGUUAAGAGAUUAAAGGGAUAUUCCAGCCAAAAAUUAAUGUUGCCGACCGCUUGCUUCUCUCGUUAUACCAACUUUAGUAACAACCGCAUGAUAGCAACAUACAGCGGUCUGAGGAGCCAUAAACAAACCUCAACCAAAAAGCCACUCUAUAGCCACAAAUAAUGCUCAGAACAGCACCCAACUUCAUCAACAGAACAUAUAGGGUCCCAGCCAUAGUACUAGUCACCAAACAUUUGCCUGAUUUCCUUGGCAAAGAGACUAAACAAAACCCGCCUACUCUCUUCCAGCAGCCGCUUGUUUGUAGUGAGACCUCAGGCCAGUCCGUUACGGACUACAGCGGGGUGAAGCAGCUCAAGGAAGAACAUUUAUGAUCAUUACGUUAUCACUUCCUUGAAGUUAAUUUUUCUGCCUUAGCGUCUCUGUCUGAUUGCAUUUCCAUGAAGGAAUGAUCAUAAAUGUUCUUCCUUGAGCUGCGUCACCCCACCACAGUCCGUAAUGGACUGGCCUGAGGUCUUGCUACAAACAAGUGGCUGCUAAAAGAGAGUAGGUGGGUUUUGUUUAGUCUCUUUGCUAAAGAAAUUAGGUGAAUUUAAAAAGAUGUUUCGGGGGGGGUGUCUGACCCUGAAUUAAUUUUACGCGGGAAUAUCCCUUUAAGCUAAGAAUCUAUUCUGAUGGAAAACAAACUGAGGGAAGAAGUCAAAUUUUCAAAAGUUGUCCAUUUUCAUUGGCAUCUUUUGAUAUCAAAGCGGUGACAACAUACAGUCCCUAUGAAUUAUAAUGCCACUUAAUUUACCUAAUACUAAAGCAAUACCAAACUUAAGGCUGUGAUGUUGGAGUAAAUAUUAGCAUGGGGAUUGAUUAAGUCAAAGACAAUCAGUAUAUGAAAUAUUUAUAAGUUGCAUAAAUUUCCACUUGAGCUCAGUCAUAUGGUUCAUGUUUAUACAUGACUUAUUCUUGGUACAGUUUUGACCAUUUUGUGCAGCAACAGUGUUUUUUGAAUGUGAUAACGAGCCAAUGCAGAGACAUCCACUACAGAGUCAUGUAUGUUUUUCAAUGGUGCCACUUACUGCCAGUAUUGUGUUCUGGUCUUGUACCUUUUGACAGAUAAUUCUCUAUAUUUUCUGAGUCUUUUUGAACCAUGUUAUGUUCAGUAGAAAAUGAAAUCCUUGAAUUCUUUGCAAGUUUGCACUGAGAAAGAAAUCACACUUGGGAAUUGUUCUGACAGGCGUUCUCUUUCUCUUUCUCUCUCUCCUGAUUUUUGGAGCGUCAAUGUCGUCCGAGUUUUGUUGUCUUUGUCCCAACUUUUUUGAAAUGAGUCACUGCGAUAGAAUUUAAAAUGGGGUGAAAAAAAUCUGUUUUAACAUUUGACAUGUUUUCUUUGCACUUUUUAAAUGAAAUACAGAAUUUAAACGACUGUCACUCUAUCAAAAUCAACUUUUGUCCCUGUUAACCACAGCAUCCACACCUCUUUAGGAACUGGGGUUGUAUGUAAUAUUACAUUUUGCAUCUCAAACAUCUGGGCCUUGACCAGGACAGGUCUGUUGCCAACUAACACCUAUUAGGGUUAUGUAAAGUGAGUGGAUUGCUUUCUGCUCUUUGUUCUUCUUCUCCUUCUGUACGCUAACAUCACAUUAAGCAGACCUCUUUCUGCAGAUUUAAGACAACAGUCAGUCUGCUGGGGUCUGUGUUAAGAGACAGAUCUAAAGCAGCAGUGUGUUGUUAAAAAAUAACAGACUGCUGGAGCAUCAGCUGAUCAGAAUUUAGUAUCAAACACAGUCACCAAUUAAUAUGCAACCCUCUCCAGCACAGCUAAGAUGUAUUAUUGUAUUUGGCAGAAAUUGAAAUUGAAACAAAUUCUCUCUGUUGGGCCGGCUGUUAAUGAAUGACAUGCUUUAAUUGAUUACAUUCAUUAUUUUUUCAUUAUGAUAGUGUUUGUAUGAAUUUCUUACCUUCUGUCAACUAUAUGCCCAUGGGUUUUCCUUUUCCUGUAGAUAAUUCUUCUCCCCAUUUUCUUUGUCUUUUCAAUCAGAGUUUCUAAAAGUUCAUUUUCACAAUAACCCUGCUUCAUUUGUACCCAAACAGUUUCAGCAUUUUCAGGUUUCCACAUAAUGAUACCUCAGAGAUGUGCUGCCCGCGAGUAAUUUCCAAGAUGAGAUGACUUCGGUCUUUUCGUCUCUUUCCAACAAAGAAAUGAAAUCAAUUUGAUUCCGGAUACAAUUCAGAAAUGAGUUAAUGUAAUAUUUUGCAAAUAGAGUUUAAAACUCUGGUGGGUAAGGACUGGGACAUAAACGAUAAUCUUGGUAAGAUAUUCACUCUAAAAUUUCUAUUCUCCUGAUCAGAACUAGAGGUUGACCCAUCCAGAUUUAUUCCCUUUCAUUUUUCUUUAUCCAGUUUCUAUAGUUUCUUUUGGAGUGAUUAUUCCCAUUACUAAUCCAUCUGAAAUAGUGUUUUGAUUUCAUUUUCCCGAGCAUCACAGCCACAGAUAUGGAUUUACAUCAUGAAGUCUAUAGUUAACUAAUCUCUAAAUAAUUCAACAGGACUGAAACAGAAGAGGAUUAUUCAUUUCAGGACAGUUAAGAACCAUGUUUUGUGUUUUACACCCCCUCAUCUCUUAUUCAUUUUAAUAUCUUUGUUUUUUCUCUCAGCUUCAGCCAGUGUCUCAGUGCUCACAGCAGACAGAGACACAGACAAUCUCUCAGUCUGAUGCCUCUUUGCUCUGCAUUGAAGCCCCAUUUCAUCAUCACCAUCCCCUUUCCAUCUUUGGUGAUUAUGCUGUCGACUGUUUGAAAAAUAUACCUUUCCCCUCCCACAACAUAUACAUUUAGUAAAUGUAUAUCAGUUCAACUCAAAGGACCCACUGCCUCAGUACAUUUUCCUAUUUUGUCUUUUGUAACUGGCUUGGUAGAAAAUAGGAGUGAAUUGCAACAACUUUGUCAUUGUCAUACUUUUCCAUGGUCCCUGUUCUCUUAAAUCAGUCUUCGCUGUGCCUGGAGGUUUGGUAUUAUGGGCCAAAUAGAAGGACUUGAUUGACUUAAAUGAGUAAAAUGGCUCCAAGCACAUUUUCACUUAGUUUCUUGGAACACGAUGUAACACUUAUUGUGGGACGCUUAUGAGGGAAAUUUUAAAUAUCUUGGAUCUAUAUUCGGACCUGUCUAGUCGUUUUAACUCACAGGAUGAUAAAACGUUUAGACCAAAGAUGAGAUAAAUUCACUUGGUGAGAUUGGAUUUUUUUUUUUAGCAGUAUCCUAUAUGUGCCGCAGUCAGCUGGCUGACAUGCAGAUGAUAAAAAGUUUGUCCAUUUUUAGACAUCUUUUUCACUUAUGCUUUUUGAGUUUAACAGAAAAUAAAAUGAGUAAAAUUAAUGAUUUUAAAAAGUGCUAAAAAGCCACUUAAGUACAGUAAUGUGAGUAGAUCAAACUAGUGACUUUGCAGCCUUGUUUAACACUGUCACGCCCCUUUUUGCCACAGGGGCCAACAAAUACUUUCACCCACUCCUUUUUCAGUUUUAAUCUCCUUUCUCUGCCAGGUGUGAGAGCAUUGGGACAUUAGAUUUUCCCCAGUUGGCAGUAUAUCUUCUUCCUCUUGAUGGCAGCCUCAUUCAAUGCAGGAAAAGUCUUCAACCUAAGCCCUAAACUACUUUCAGCUGAUUGGGGUGGAUGCAGAGCCAUUACAGACAAAGAGCUUAUGCUUAGCAUUCAGUGCACCUAAGAGCUGAGUGUCCAUAAUGUUAUUCUCUCUAUUAGUCGUCUAAUUAGAUGACCCGGUUUGAAGUUACAAUGUAUUUCGGAGUGGACAUGUAGCAAACAGUAGGUCUUUUUAUGUAAUUAGCUUUAUCUCUCUCUAUUCAUACAAACUGGCGAACCAAAGACAGACAAACAGGAGCGUUUACUCACUAUUAAGGUCACUGGGCUGCGAAUAUUAUCAGUCCAGAUUGUGAUUUAUUUGAUUCAGUUUUGCAACACAGAGAAAAGAUGAAUUUGGUUUGUUAAUGUGGUACAGAUAAAGUAUUGAGCUCAACAGGUGUGAAGGAAAACCACAGAUAAAACUGAACAGAAUAAAAGUAAGGUGCAUCAACAUAUGAAGUUGUUUUUCAUGGAGCGGGUCGUCUAUAUUCAGCAUGCAUCAUUCUUUCAUCAAAUGUAACAGAUAGUGUCACGAUAGAGAUGGGAUGUUUCAAGCAAAGUAAUUAUUUCAGGUUGGAAAAAGCAUAUCUCCAUUCAUUAUCUAGGCUUUCAGUAGGGGAUGAACUCCAUCAGCAUUGAUGUUUGGUCCCUGACACAUUCUUUGUUGGAGAAUUAUCAGAACAACGGUAGGUCAGGCCAAGCAUGUUGAUAAGGCCGAAAAUAUGAGAAUGGAUGUAAAGAGGGAAGAUGCACAUGCAAGCAUAGGAGGAGGGUAAGAUAUGAAAGAGUUGGUCAGUGGUCACAUCCAGGGUGCUUUUGUAACUCUCAGGGAAAGAUAAGGGUUGUAGCCGAAGCUUUAAAUGAAGGCUCUACUGAAAAAUCAGAUUUCAAACAGUGCCAAAAAUUCAGCCGAGAUUUUCCUUAAAUGUUGACACAAAUUAGAUGUGCAUAGCUUCUUAUACAAACCACUCCAAAAUGGCAUAAUUUUGAUGUUCCGGCGUGUCCUUACACUCAUCUUAUGUCAUUGCGGGGACCAUGAGGGGUGCAUCAGCGCUGUUCCUCCCUGAAGGCUCAACUGCCGCCUCCUUACCCCCAUUCGGUCUCUGUUACUACCUCUGAAGGAGGACCGGAGGCUGAACAACUUCAACCCACCAUUACGCCUUUGGUUGUUACACAUUGUGUCAGUAUUUAAAUCACAAAAUAAUGUAUUUAGUCCGAAUCAGAAGUAGCUGUGAUCAGUAAACAUUAGGAUUCACUUAGAGUGAAAAUGGCAAAAUCAAAAACCUUUUUUAUUAUUGAGGGCUGUGUGAAGAUAAGCUGUAAGAAGUUUGGAGUAAACAAGUUCAACUGUACUUUAAUUUAAACAUUUUGUUUGUGUUAAUUUUGGCGCCCCCUGUGGACAAAGCAGUCUUCACUUACCUUUCCUCUAAGAGCUGAAGUAAUGCUUUUGACUUGAAAUGUCAUUCUGCUGACUUUUAACAUUCAAAUAUGUCAUUUAUUGUAAACAUUUUUGUGGGAAUGGUAAAAUUGGGGGUUGUUUCUUCAGCUGCGUGACUGACACCUUCCUCCUCCCCCUUCUGCACCAAGAAGGUCACAUACAAAUUUUCAGUCUCGUCUCUGACAGUCUUGUUUGCUUUUCACUAACAUAAAAAGGCAUCUACAUGAAUUUCAGACUAUUUCAUAAGCAUUAAAAAACUCCUUUCUUUCUUAAUAUUAAUGUUUUACACUUUAUAUGCUCGAUGUUGGCUCAGCAUUGUUACCAUAUUUCUGCAUUUCUGACUGCACUUGUAAAACUGACAAAUACAUAGGAAAUGACAGUCAAUCUACUUGACCUUGAAUAAUAAUUUGACUCAUCACACUGAUUUUCUGUCUCCGAACAUUUGAGCUCUGUACUACGCAUCUAUGCUGCAACUCUCCUGCAAUGGACUCACUUAAAGCAGUGAGAGAAGAAAACAAAAGUUUGACAGGAAUAAUCUCAGGUAUAACUGUUGCCUGUCCAGUCUGGACCACCUGUCAUAUCACUGAUGGUUUUCUCAUUCCUUAUGCUUCAGAGGAUUUCUUCACAUGACAGCUGAUGUCCUGAAGGAAAUUGAUUUCUAGAACAGCACAGAUAGUUGCAGUAUCCACACUCUGCUUACUCUCACCCCUUUAGAGCUCUCAGUAUUAUCCGGUCAAAAAAUGGAUUUGACAUGAUUACAGCUAUUUCUUUUGGCCAAAAAGUUAGUUCUACUGAGUGAGGUGGACAAAUACAAUUGAUAGAGGUCAGAUGCUGUGUGUGUGUGUCUAUCAGGGACACUCACUGGAAGGGAACAGGGAUAACUGCAGCCUUGAGAGGACUGUCAAACAAAGCAGAUUCAAGAAAUUAGAGGAGCUUCACAAGGACUGAAGCUGGGGUCAGAGCAUCAAGAGCCUCUACACACAGACAGGUCCAGGAAAUGCGCCACAAGUGCUGUGUUCCUGCUGAGCAAAGGGCAACAUCUUGAGUUUCACCUGGGGCGAGAAGAAAAAGAACUGAACUAUUGCUUCAAUGGUUCAAACUUCUGUUUCUGAUGAAUUUGAAUUUGGCUUCUUGUUUAGAAAUCAAGAUCCCAGAGAUCAGAGAAGCUCAGAAUCCAAAGAAGUCCAACAUGAAGUUUUCACAGUCUGAUGACUGGGGCCCAAUCCCAAACCGCCCCCUAGACACUCGCCCUAUACACUCUCUCCCUCCGUUUGUGCGUCCCCGCGGAGGCUCCGCCAUAUUGAAGGAGGGCCAUAGGAGGGCGAGUGGACCGUUCAGCCCUUCAAUAGGGAGUCUGCACCGAUGCAAUCUUACGGCCGGGUUUGCAGGUAGUGCGCCAGUAAAAAUGGAGGAGGAAGAAACAACAUAUGAAAAUAAGUUCCGUAUGUGUCCACUUUUGUCUUACUGACAAAAAAUAUAUAUAUAUAUAUCACAAAAGAUGUGGUUUGGAAAGAUCAAACGGAAGUCAGAAAUCUUACUCUGUGCUGAGGUUUGAUUUGAGUGUGCAGGCACAUGUCAAAUAGUAAAGGGGUUUUAAAGACGUGUGGAAUCACCAACAAUCAGAAGUUUAAUUUAGCUCCUGUCACUGUAAUGGUUGCUGGAUUUAUGAUUUUACUGGGAGGAUGAAGAAACGAGGCAGCCGUAGCGGCUCAGAGCUGAACAUGAUGUCCGUUUACUAAGAAUAUAAAAGCUGCCUUGCACAGGAAGUGUCUCUGUGUUGCUAUGGCGAUGAAUCUUUCCAUUUUCCGGUGAAGUGAGGAGGGCGUCCCAUACCCCCCUGUGUUGAUUAUACCCUUCCAUUUCUGUUGACACAGCUCCAUAGCUACAAGUGUAACUUCAUUAUGAGGGCGAGUGUGUAGGGGGUGGAUUGGGAUUGGGCCUUGGAGUGCUAUGUCAUCUGCUGCUGUUGGUCUACUGCAGGCAUGUCCAAACUAUUCCACAAAGGGCCAUGUGGCUACAGGUUUUCUUUCCAACCAAGAAAGCAGCACACCAGACUUGAUUCAUUUCAUCAGCUGAUCCCAGUCUUCAGACAGCUGAUAGGUCAGACUGCUGCUCUCGAUUGGUUGGAAGAAAAACCUGCAGCCACGUGGCCCUUUGUGGAAUAGUUUGGACAUGCCUGGUCUACUGUGUUUUAUCAAGUGCAGAGUCAACACAGCUUUAAGUCUACCAGGAGAUUGUAGAGCACUUUAUGUAUCCAUGUGCGGAGAAGCUAAAGAUUUCCUGCCCACAACGCCAAAACUCCCACCAACUGGUUUGCUGAUUCUGGUAUUACUUUGCUUGAUUGGCAAGCCAACUGGCCUGACCUGAACCCCGUAAAGAAUGUCUGGAGGAUCAUUAAGAGACAGAUGAGAGACACCAGAGCAACAAUACGGACGAGCUGAAGGAGUAACCUUGGCACUGACACAGGCUAAUUGUCACCAUGCCACGUUGCAUAGUGUUUUGUAAUAAUCUGAAGCUUUGAGAUAGUGGAUUUUUGAUUUUCAUGAGCUGUAGCUCACCUUGACCUGUCAUAUAAAUGGAGCAAUGAAAGAAACCUAUUCAUGUGUGAUAUAAAGAGGCAGACAGACUGAGAAAUCAAAUUAUAAAGUAACACAAAAUUAAUUCACACUUCAAAUGAUGAGAAAUAAUCUCAGUAAAUGAAUUCAUUCAUGAAUAUCUGUUCAAUAUUUUGGAGAUUGUUGUUUUAGGUCUUCUGCUGACCUCUUGUGGAAGCUGUGCUAACUACAAAACUCUCAACUCUGACUGAUUUGAAUUGGGGAAGAAGAAUUUAUGACCGCCCCCACUCCACCCCCUCACCGUAUGUCCACAAUCUCUUCCAGUCACACUGUUUUGCUGUCAUAUCACAGCUGUUAGUGCCAGCAGCCUGCACACAUGCCAGAGAACAGAUGGAGCCGUCAGCAUUUAGUGUGAAGACUGAGCUGAAUGAACCCUGCGUCACAUCCACACGUCACCCAAAGUCUAAUAUCCACAGAGGCCGCUAAAAUAUACUGUUGGUAAAGGUGAUUGAAAACGACACGACACGUCAGGAUUUAUGAAAGAGUUUUUAUAGUGUCUGUUGCAUAUCGAACUUCCACUGCAGAGUGUCUGGUAUCUGUCUCUUAUCAGUGCUGUUUCUAUCCCCGAGGACACACCCCUCAUAUAGAAACUCCAGCAUUCCUCAGCGGUCACUCUCCUGAAGACAGCUGAGCUCACAGGUCACCUGAAAUUAGGUCAAGGAUUCAAACACCUUUGUUGUGAGCUGAGAAGAAAAUAGAUGUCCUUGAAAUGAAGCCUUUUUAAAAUGGAAAGUUUAGGACAGACUUUAAAAAGUAACUGAGCAAAAAGCCUGUAUUACCUCCUUUUUCUUCUUUGUUCCAUUAUUUCCCUGGUGUGUCUUUUAAAUGAUUUUCAGGCAUUCAAUGUGAAGAAGUUCACAAUCAUAUUAGCCAGGGUAAAUGUUUUUUUUUUCUCUCUGGUGACAUCUGUGGUAGACAGCAGAAACAACAGGGGUUUUUAAGGUGCAUAUACAGAAAAUACUGACACCCCUUGCCUCAGUAAUACUAUCCAACUCUUUAGGGGGUAUUUAAGGGCCACACGAGGCUUAAAAAUACUUCCAGCAGGCUUUAGUUCCAUCCUGGGGUCUCUUCCUUCUUAGACUUGCUCUGAAGAAGGUAGAAGCAGUGUAACUCUACCUCAAACUCCCUGUGGAUCUCUGAGCCCCUUACUUAACCUCUGAGGGAGCAUGUCCACUGAAAAGGCACUGAUUCGCCCACAUAUCCGUGUCCUCUAACACUGUUUUUUUCCUGUCCAGUUGAUGCUUUUCCCAUCUUGAAUGUUUUUUUUUCAUGAGGGCCACAGUCCUCAUCAUUUUGAAACUUUUUCACUGGGUCUGUGGUCAUAUUUUUUGACAUUUGUUCAUGUCCUUCUAUUUUUUUUUUUUAGUCAUCAGGUCAGUAUCUAUCACUUGGUUUAAUUUUGGAAUCAGAUUUAACGUUGUCACUUUUUUCAUGUUUUAUUUUCACCAGGUCUGCUUCAAUCACUUUUUUGAUGUUUUUUUUCUUCAGUAGGUUCACAGUAUUCACUUUUCAAACUUUUUUACAUCAGGUCUGCAGUCUUCACUUUUUUGUUUUUGCAUCUGAUCUGCAGUAGUCACUGUUUAAAUGAUGUAUUGGUCAGUGUUGCAUUUGUUUUUUCUGUCAGGAUGUGAUCAUCACUUUUUAAAAAUCAUUUGUAGCAUCAGGUCAGUACGUAUCACUAUUUUAACUUGUUUUGCACCUGGCGGGCAGUUUUCCCCUUUCUAUUAUUUUGUGUGUGUGUGUGUGUGUGUCAUCAGUUCUGUGAUUGUCACUUUUUUGACAUUGAAGCAUCAGCAUCUGAUUGCAUUUCGAUGAAGAAAUAAUCAUAAAUUUUCUUCCUUGAGCUGCGUUCCCCUGCUGCACUCGGUGAUCGACUUGUCAGGGCUCCCCCACAAACAAGUGGGUGCUGGAGGAGAGUGGGUGAGUUGUGUUUAGUCCCUUUUCUAAAGAAAUCAGGCAAAGCUAAAAAGAUGUUUGGUGGCUAGUGCUAUGGCUGGGACCCUAUAUGUACUGUAAAUAAAGUUAGGUGCUGUUCUGAGUAUUAUUUGUGGCUAUAGAGUGGAGUUUUGGUUGAGGUUUGCUCAUAGCCACGGAGACCACUGUGUAUUGCUAUUUAGUUGCUAAAGUUGGUAUAACUAGACUAUAACUAUAACUUAUCUCUCUUGUGCUGGAAUAGCCCUUUAACACUUUUUGGAUCAAUUGUCUUGUUAGGUCCAUGGUCUUUACUUUUGACGCUGUUGCAUCACGUCUGCAGUCGUCAUUUCUUUAUUUUUUUUAAAGAAAUGAUAUCUCAGCAUCAUACCAGGUUUAUUUCUGGACAGAAUGUCAGGUGAUCUCUCUGCUCACCUAGAAAUACAGCUGCAGAUUCAAUGACAUGACAACAAAGAUGAUCAACCAUCUUUGGCGCAUUAUGACAUGGUAAAACCACCUUUUGUUCAUUAUCGCCAAUCCAUGCCUAGCACAGUUCAGUAACAAAGUACUACUUGGUUCAGAUCAGACAAGUGGAAGAAUCAGAUGCUAAGUCAACCUCCUCUAGAUAUUUUCCAUCAUUGUGCACUCUGGCGUCGAAGAGUCCCCUAAAGUGACAGUAGAGUCCACAGGUAGAGCCCUUUCCAGUACCUUGCCCAGACUUCAAGGAGGCUCUGAAUCAGUAUUAAAUGUAUGUGCACGAACAGUUGGAGCCUUCCCCUCUGCAGCAGGAGAGGACUUUCUCAUCCUUUGAAGAGAACUUCCCAACUUUGGCUCACUUUGCUUGUGAGAGCCCCACUCCACCCACCUCUCUCUCUCUCUCUGCUUAUGUCUGUCCAGCUUUUCCUGAUUGCAGUUUUGGAGCCAGGGGUGUGUGUGUGUGAAAGUGAGAUCUAACCAUAUCAGGUCAGUAUUCUCCACCUACUGCACCAACUGUGGUGUCUUACCCGCCAGACAAAGGACCAAUCUACACUGUCAGAGAUGAACAUGCCCGGGGCCUGACUUGCCCACCAUCUGACUUAAAAGUACCUGAUAUCCAUGCCUAACCCUUCAGGUGGUGGCCUCACAGAACAAUGCUCCAAAUUCUAAUUUUAGGCUGAGCACAGCUGGGUAUCACGGAGAGCCAGGCCACCAGACACUUGCCUCAAGCUCCCCCCAAGGUCUGGCUCCAGGGGAUAGCCCCUGUCUCUCUCUUUUGGCCUGUAUAAACCCUUGUAAAUCCACACAUUAUUCAUUGAUUUUUGGCGGCCAGUAUUUCAAGGAAUGGCAUUUGAGAUUUAUAAACAAGGUCAAAGUCUGAUACGAUAUAAUUCCCUUGUUACAGACGGAUUAAAGCACGUUAUGUCAGGGGGCGUGACUGUAUUAUGACUCUCACUGGAUGAUACUCCAGUUUGUAAUUCAACACCAUGGAAGCACAAACACAUCAUAAAGUGUUACCAAAGUUCAAUCACAUGUUGAGUAUCAUAUUUUCCACCAGAUCUGGCCACGUCCUAUUCUGUAGUUUAAAUCAAAGUUAAUGAUACCACAUAUAAGAGUGCCCUUGUUUAUUAAUAGGUGGUUUAUACACAGACUUCACAGACUGUCUCUUAGCUCUCUUCACUCCACGUUUCAUCUUAAUAGAGAUAAACAUUAAAAAUCCAGAGAGGGCUGGCUGUGGAAGAGCUGUCUCAAACACUGGAACACUUUCACUUCAUCGGAGCCUCCACACACACAGGAGCGGCUGUUCUGCCACUUGAGCUUGGACGCAGCUCAGCUCCAAAUAUACAGUUCAAAACAGCCUUCCGCACAAGUUCUCCUUGUCCCCCUUCAACCUCUGGAGUCCAGAAAUGUACCAUUUAGUAUAUAGAAAGCAUUUCUUGCGUUGCAGAUGUUACCGAGUAACAAUAUUCUGUGUGAGUUAAUGCAGAGGCCUUGCUUCAAAAACAGGAAUAACUUAAAUUAAAUAUUGAUUUUGUCAUAUUGAUUACAAAAAAUAUACAUUUGUGAGCAAUGACAGGAACAAUAUGACACAAAGAUGGAGUCUUUCCACACAGCAUCCUGUAGCUGCUGGUGCUUUGUGCAUUACAUUUUUUUUAAACAUUUAAUAACUUAUUUACAUGAAAAGUGUUUCCCGAAGAGAAUAUGGAGAGUUCUGUCAUCACACAGCACCUCGUCUUUCAUUUUUCAUACAGUCAGUGUGUCUUGCAUGCACGCAAAUAACCCCAUUCAACCGUUAUCACCAGCUGCCAGCUGGUGCCACAGCUUUUUCCAACAUAGUAACAAUUUAUUUAGUGCUAAGCAGUCAGCAGUGCUCAGUCUAAGGCUACAAGUGGAUGUGGCUCCAUGCCAUUGGAAAAAAAAAAAAAAAAAAAGCCUCCCCUGCCAACUCAGAACCAGCUGAACAACCAUUUCCAACAUGUCUUGAUCAAAAUCCAGGAGGGCAUCUUCUGUUCCAGAGCUUCAUUAAACUUUCAGACAUGGAGUGGUGCGAUUGCCGGUGCUUCUGCUCGAUCUAACACCACCAGACAUGAACUUUCUCCGUAAAUGUCUUUCUGAGCAGGCCUUAGUCCCAUCCAGGACAGGCCGCUUGCAGCUCCCUGCUGCUCUCAAACUGAGACAAAAGGCAGCAGCUGUCAUAUCAAAGGACAAAUUCUCUUGUGUCCAAACAAUCCUGGUCCCACGUGAGCUCACACACAGCUCUUAAACUGUGUUAGUUUGCGGUGCCUCUGUUGCGUCUAAUGUUGUGUGUGCUGCUCCAGUGUCCAUCAUGCUGUGUUUCUCUGUUCCAUUUAUCGGCUCCUCUCUUCGUCUUCUCCUCCGCCAGCACAGUCUGCAUCUACGACUGACAGAGACGUAACAUGUAAGGAUAUCCUUUUUCAAACAUACAGUAGACCAAAACACUGGCUGAAAACAAAGUCGUGAAAACAGCCAGAGUCAAGGAUGAAAGUGUAUUUAGCAUAUUAGAAUUUCACUUACUGUGAGCAGAAGCAGAUGAAAACAAUAAGGAGAGUGAGUAAGACAAGCCCAGCGAUGGUGGCGACGAUUAUUAUGUAUCGUCUCUCUUCUAUUAGCCAGCCCAGGUCCACAUAUUCACACCUGGUACCAUGGUAACCAUACAUACAUCUAAAAGACGAAAAAAUACCACUUAAAGCUUUUGUGAGGCGUUCUUGAUUGGUCAUGAAGCAGACUGAAAUGAACAGAGUCUAUUGCGUUCAAAUGCAAAUGAGGCCAUUAACAACAAGAUGGACAGUUUCCUUAUUGUAAUAAUUGAUGCCUGUGACUGCUAUAAGAGAGUGGGUGCACUGUCCAGGCUUUACUUUUUCUAAAGCAAAACAUCGCAUUCAAUGUGACAUUUUCUCGUGAAAAGACAACAUGGAAGACUUAUGGUCAAUUGACGCAAUUCUCCGAGGGAUGAGAUGAAAUCAGCAACAAAUAUAAUGAUUACCACUUUGUCCACAAGGGGUGCCAAAAUCAACAAAGACAGAAAGUUCCUCACAGGAGCUUUAAAGGUUUAAGAUUCAGGGUUUUAUAUCAUUUAUUUCUGCCAUGUGUGAGUAUACACAGGAAUUGAAAAUAACAGGAAUGAAAAAUACAACAGAGAAAAGUAUACGUAUAGUCAAUUAUUCAAUGUGAAUUUUUCUUGCAGUUGUCUGUCAGCUCAUGUGCUUCUGCAAAUAGAUUUAACAUUAAGGGACUGUUUAAUGACAGUACAGUAAUGCCAAUGAAACGGUUCCACUGUUGAAUUUAUUAGUUUUGUUUGCAUUUCCUUGACAUUCAAAUCCGAGCUCCUUAAUUCCACUCAUUCUGCCCACCUUUAUACAACUCAAUCCAUCUCUUUUUUUUAUUUCCAAAGUGCUUUUUCUUCUGUUUGUUUGCGCUGGACUUCUCUCACCUGCAAGAUGGCGUCUUCUGAUCUGUGACGUAUCGACAGUCCCCAUGGAUGCAGUAGUGUGUCAACUCCUUGGGACAUUUUGAGAAGUGGCCGCCCCACUCGUCAGUAUCUUCUGUAUCUACUAAAAAGAUAAAACAACGUAAUUGGCUUGUGUUUAGUGAUGGUUCAGUUAAAUCUCAUUUCAUCAAAGGCUGGAACUGAAGGUGAAUAUAAACCCCUCUGGCCACCUGUUUCUUGCUGUUUCUACUUCUCAGACUCAAUCCCAUUAGUGACCCUAAUAAUCAAAUAUAUGUGCCGUCAUUAAAGCAGCACUGAUGUUGUCACCAACCUUUCAUCGACUUUAUUUUCAAAAUGCACACUUAUUUUAGUGACUGUGUCAUUCCUGUCAGCCUGACUCUUUGACUUACAUGCUCACAUCCUGACAUGGCCUGAUGUAUAAAUAGACUGUUUGCAAAAUGAUCCGGUGAUGAGGCAGUGCUCGGAGAAGCCUGGUGUCACCAAAGUCUCAUUAACCACAUAUGUCACACAAAUUACAUAUCUUUCAUUUCAUGGAUCGUAUGCUUAAAAUUUCAAUAAUUCCCAUGUUUCAGUCUGGUUCUUAAUCUUCUUUGCACAUAUUUUCAGACUAAAACAUCUCCAUGCAGCUGUAAGUGGGCCAUAACGCUAAACCUCUGACCCCGGUAACACUUGGUGGCUCCCUAAAAGCCGCCGCUAUCUUUACGACCCAUUCUCAUGAAAUUAUCUUUGAAAAUGAGCCUGUAAAAGAAUACUGCUUUUCAGGUGACAUCAAUGAGAGCGCCUCAGUUGUUCGGAGAAACAUGAGACCCUGCUUGCUGCCCUGACCUUGUUGUUGUAAAGAAAAAUAUCCAGUUACAAAGUUCAAAGGAGUAAUAAGUUAAUUUGCUCUCCUGAUGAGCGUAAGCUCAGGUAAUGGAUUUGAUGCCACUGUCCUGACUUUUCACAAAAUACAGCAACAAAAAGUGGUCGGAUGAGAUCAGCUUAUGAGGGAAAAAGCUCACCUAAAAAAUGAUAAUGUUUAAAAGCACUUUACCAAACAAAAACCAAAAAUUAAUAUGUAGAAAAUGGUCUGUGUACUUAGCAGCCAACAGAUUUUCGUUGUCAAAUGAAAAAACAAAAAUCGAGAGCCUCUCGCUCAGUCGCUCCAAAUCACAACUUCCGGGUCUCAACAAACAAGUGAAUAAAACUUGAAACACUAGAUUGCCACGCACAUAUUUUGAUCUUCGAUUUCCGUUUAAAGCCACAUCACAGAAAGUCAAGUACCGAGUUGUUUUUUCUUUCUCCGAUUUUAAUGACUAAAAUGAUAAAUGGAAAACAGUUUGUUUUCGGUUUUUCGUUUUACUGGUUGUCGGGAGACGGCCCAUCUCCUGAUUUUUGUUUUUUUAUUUGAAAACGAAAAUCUGUUGGCCGCCAAGUACACAGACCAAAAAUACUACACUGUAAAAUAAUUGCUAUCGUUUAAGAAUUUUGAGUAAUGAGUAACAUGCUAACUUGACUUGGUAAAUAAUGUCAACCAAUGCCAAGGCUGCCUAAUUAACUGAUGAUUGAUUUAUGUGUCCAAAUACCAAAAUAUAAGUUAGUUAGUUGUUGGUUGAAUCUGCCUUUUUCCGGGGGGAAACAGUCAGUAUAGAAAAGACUGAAUAAUAAGUAUAAUUUGUAUAAUGUUGGCUAAGCUAGCUGAUUAGCAUGUGAUAAUUGUUUUAAGUGAUUAGUGUGAUGUGUGAAGAUAAGUGUGUUUUUUUGUUUUUUUUAGCGAGGUCGAGGUUUCUCUUUUCUGACCAGAGCUAACCUGCUGCUUUCUAAACAUCCCUGCUGUUGGUUACUAGCUGUAUUCAACAAAGGAGACAGCUAGCCUUGAAGAGAUGAGACAACAAAAAGUGGGUAAGCUCAAAUUUAUUUCUUUAUUUGUUUAGUAAUUGAUUAAACUUGUCCUUGUUUAGGCUAGUUUAGCUUAAAAAAAACAGUUAACCUUAAAAGCAGCAAAUGCAGCAAAAAGUGAUCACCAAGUACUUUUAAUGUAAUAUGACUUUUUAAAUCUGCAUAAAAUCUUGUAAAAACUGGAAUAUGUGGUUUCAAAGCCGGAUGUCUCCAGCUGCUUUACUGAGCUGUUUCGGCUGUAACUACUGUUUUUAUAGCUUCCUAGCUCUGAGCAAAAAAAAACAUUAUAGCAGCUCGUAAAUCACUUGACAUGAUGUAAAGACACAUUUUAUCGCUUGGUAAGAACGAGCGGUUCCUUCUCCAAUACACCUCAGUUAUAGUAGAUGACAAAUGUUGAAAUGCUAAGUACACAUUUAUGAUUGGAAAUAGUUGAAAGAUAACUCAAAGACCAGGGUUUCUGUAGUAUGGAGUGUACUGUUUAGGAAACUGAACUUCAAGAUUGCAGGUUUAAUGAUUAUAAUUGCUGUUUCCCCCUGCUUCUCAACAGAGCAUGAGAAAGUCGCAAACAAUCAGCCCAGAGACUCCUGAUCAGAUUAGACACUUGAAUGACUCCUAAACUCUCUGGACAGCCAAGAAUUGAACCUCUUUAUCAUUAACUCCCUGACUUUUUGUUUCCGUGUGUGUUUGAGUGUUUAUAUCAACACGUCUGCUUUUCAAAAUUUUCCAUUACACCUUGAAACUUCGACGCUGCGUUUAUAACACCACAAAGGUAUCGCCACCCUACCCCUUCUUGUCCAUAUCUACCUGUGCAAUUCUCUCUGUCGCCAUGGUGAUGACAGUCUGACACAGUGUGGUUGGCAGGCUUCUCGGUGACAUUCCACUCUGCCAGAGAGUAUUUGCACAAAGCCAGAGCUGCAGACAGACACACAGACACACAAAGAGACAAUUACAGACACACGCAACAAACAAAUGUGUGCACGUGUGCACCGGACAAACAUUUGUGAUGACAUUUCAGCCGCAGUGUAGGAUCUACGUAAGUGAUGACAGGAAGAAAAAGUACAAUCACAACCCUAGUUAUUACUGAAAUCCUGCUGAGUCAUGAUGUCAGCCAGCCAGCCUUUUGGGUUGGAGAGAGUGAUUUCUCUUGUUCACACCCACUCCUCCCAAACACGCACUUUUACUGCUCCACACAAACCCUAUUAACAGGCAGCUAUUAGGGCGGUUUGAUGACAUGAAAGUAAACCACAAGCUGUAGAAACCCAGGAUACUCCCUAUUAGGGAAGCCUGUUUUGACAAGGAUAAGUAAUCACAGGGGAUAUAUUGCUGGUGUAUGGACUCUUCAUUCAAUCAUUAACCUACACUGAAAUCUACUGUUCAAAUAUGGCUGUGAAGAGAGAGCACUGUCUUCAAACCGGCUUCAGCGGCGUUGCUUCAAAGGCGCAUGGGUGUUGAAAAGUGUGUCAACAAUUCAAAAACAGCAGACAUAACUCAUACAAUCGCAUUUUUGACCGUACGUGUGUCUCUUCAAGUGGGAAAGCACAUAUUAGAAAUAUGAAUCAAGUGUAAACAUCACUUUAAUAUGUCUAUCUGAGGUUGAAAAACUUUUAUACUGAAGAGAGUUUAAAGGAAAGUUAAACACAGGUAUAAGUAAGAAGAUUCAAAACAGUCAAUCUUACCUGUUAUUAUUCCUAGACAGACCCUGUAAACCUUUGCCAUUUCUUCACUUGAAAUAAAUCCAGUAAAUGAAAGUUCAAUUUCAUGACAAAUCCAAGACAAACUGGAUCAGUCCUUCUUCAGAGGUCGUUGACCUUUGAAAAAGGUGUGGACAAGCCGUGCAGGUUUCCCAGUGGCGUCCUGUAUUGUGGUCCUUCAUUGAUGGCGAUUAAGCUCAUAGUCAUCCAGAACACAUUCACUCUCACACACAAACUGCCCCCUCGGCUAGACUGCUCUCCAGUGUGUGUGUGUGUGCAUGUGUGUGUGAGAGUAAAAAAAACAGAAAGGGGGGCGGCCCUGAAACCUAACCCUGCUCUCUGCUGCACCGCCCACACCUUUAAAGGAGAAUACGAACAACUCCAUUCAAGCUAUGCAGGUUCUUUUCGCUCUUUCAGGAAUAACGUCACCUCUCUGCCAGCUCCACUUAGUGUCCUUAAAAUUAUUGUGAGAGGCGUGAGACUCACUGAGAAACAACAACUGUCAAUUCGGCUGCAAAGCUUUCCAUUGUGUGUGUCUUAGAGAAACACAAUGAGGUAGAAACAGAGUUUCGUAGGUUCCCUGGACUAACAGAUUAAACUAGAGAUGAAGGACAAAAUCAGAAACACUGCAGUAUCAUCAAGUAUUUGCUGAUUUAACUGCUUUUUACUGUAAAAGAAAAAAAAAAGAGAAUAAUAAUAUUAAUGUUCAAAAGGCUACAACUAAUGUUAAUCCUUUGUGUGGUACUUUAUAUUAUACCAUGUCUGUAUUUAAAGGGAAAGUCUUCUAUUUUAUAUUUUAGGUCUUUUAAUCAAAGUAGUAACAGAGCCAUACUUCAGUCUCUUUGUGUAAUAGUGCUGGAUUGUGGUAGUUACAUUUUUCUGUUGGAAAGCAGUUUUGAAAACUGAAAUAUCUCUUUUACAAAGUGCUUUACUCUCAACUUUGUAGCCAGGGCUUUGCAAGGUAAAAGGAUAAAGUUGCCACAAACGUGGGUUUAAUUUAAUGCUUCACAGAGGACAAUGCUUUUGAGGACAAAUCAGUGAAGUUGUGUGUGUAUUUACAUUAUUCAGCCAUUUAUUUAUAUAUAUAUAUAUAUAUAUAUAUAUAGCUAAACUAUGAAUCAGGAAUUUAGUUAAUACAUACUUGUUCUAAAUAAUGUUGUCCAUGCAGUGUUUAACUUGUAAUAGAGUAUUUUUUUUUUUUUACUUGGGUUUUGACUGAAUAUUAAUCCAUCACUGGCUCUGCUGCUUGGGAAAGCUGAUAUGUUCAUUUUCCCAAUGGCCAGUAGAUGGCAUAAGACAUCACUUUUCCUUUGAAAUUUUACCUUUUCUGCAAUACACCCCUAAUAUUUGAAGAUUCUCCAUCUUUGAUUUUAUCUGAAGUGUGAACAGGCAACCCCAGAACUUCACUGCAUGAUGAAACAGCAAAGUCAAGGCAAUGGUAAUAAAUAAACUGGCUGUCUCUACCUCUCAUACUUCUCCUAUGAUUCAAUGUAGGUAUGAAAAACAGGCUACUUGUUUUGGAGAGAGGGAGAAAUGAAAGAGAAACAAUGUAAGCCAGCUUUUCCAGUAAAUACUAAACAAUGAAAAAAUGUUGAUUUUGUGUUGCACAAAGAGCCCAAACUAAAGGUUCUGUUUUGUGUUUGUGUCCUGCAGAGUUAAAUUGUUAAACUUUAAGAUUCACAAUAAAUCUUGGAAAGUCAUUCCUUAAAAGUGCCUAGUCAUCUCUCAUUGGACUGCAGCAGGUAGCUUCCUCUUGGUCUGGGCACCAAAAUGAAUUCCAGUGUAUUUCAUAAAGAUUAAAAAACUCCUCAUUGGAGCUUUGAGCUUGAAACUUUAAAUUUGUGGUUAAAAGAUAACUAGAUAUCUGCAGAGAUAGAACACAAGACUAGGAAAACUGCAAAGACACUAGCCAGGAAAGGUAAAAGUGGAAUUUGGGGGAUUAUUUUUUUUAGCUGCAUAAGAAAAUAACUUUUGAAUCAACACAACCAUCUUAAAAAUCAAGAUUAAUGUGUUUGUAUUUUUAGUCAGUUUGAAGCUGGGUGAUGUAUGGUAAACAGAUGGUUAUGAGAGUCAUAAAACCUCUAUGAAUGCCUUUACAGGAAAUCAGACCUUUCUGUCUCUGUGUUAUUCUUGACAAAGAAACAAAUUAGCCUGAUUAGUAGAAUUUGGAGGACCACUGGCAGCCCACAUGCAGUACCAAUACGACCCACAAGGGGCAGUAACCUAUGCUUAAUGAACCAGUGAGGUACAUCCAUGUAUUUACUCAUAUUUUCUGUCAGAUAAGGACCUGUAUGAUCAGUCAACAUACUUACUGAAUAUUGGUCAACAUACUUUGCAUAAUUUUAGAGAAGUUUUUGCUCUUUAAAAAAAUCAUACGAUAACUCUUCAUGUGCUGUAGGAUAAAAACAAAAAUUUAACAAAUGUUCAAAUACUCAAAAAUUCUCCUUGUUUAAUGCAAAACAAGUAAAAAGGACAAACAUCUGAGGCCUUCAGUGUGUCAUACAGCUGAACAAAGGCUGUAAGGGAAGGAGGCGUCACAAACUAUCAAGACUCGUCCACUCACAGUGUACAAAGAGGAAAAGGAAGUGGUGAAGAGGAGAGCGCCUGACCGGCUAGACAUCUUUAGGGCUGAUUCAGACUGUUUUAAGUAAAAUUGUGCACAGUUUUAAAGAAAAAACCACAUUAAAUACAGUAAAUAUACAAAAACACUCUACUAAAUACACCCUCUACAUUAGGACAUGAUUCAUAAUUUCCAGCUCUCAUCAUGUGUUUUCUAUUUGUUUAAAAAAGCAGCUUGUUGAGGAAUUUCUAAAGUCUUUAUAAUCCUGUACGCUGAGUGAAAUGUGACUCUGUUGAGUGUGUUUGUAGUUUUGAACAGGAAGACUCCGUUUCCUCUCUCUGCCCGUGCUCCUAACUUAGACUGAACAUCAGGAAACUCUGACUCUACCAGAUUCCUAUGCACGAUUUAGAGCCCGGCUAUAAACAUCCGCUUUCGACAAUUCAAAGAUAAUAACUCUGUUAACAUUUACAGCGUUCACAGACUGACCAGGAAAGAAGUAAUGUAAGAUAUUAUGACGUUUAACAAACAAAAUUCAUCCUCAAGGCGGUACAGAAAUGUAAAAGAAGACAUUUAUUUGAAACUCUAAAAUGUUUAAAACUUCAUGUUGUGUUUUUCCUCAUGAAAUUAACAUCCAAAGGAAACAGUCAAAAACAAAACUUAUUCUCUCCUCCACCAUGUGUCCUCUCUCUCCUCUCCUGUAAAAAAAAAAAAAAAAAAAAAAAAGGUUUCACAUUUUAAAAUGCUGCCUCAAUAACAGGUCUUAUAUAUGAAUAAAAGCUGCACCUGCACAGACCCUGACCUUUACACCACAGCACAGGACCGCGGUUCUCUGAAGGGGUUGCUGCCUGUGGGGACUCCCACCAGCAGGGCGUCUUUUCCCGCGUUCUGCAGGCAGUACUGCUGCAGCUCUGCAGCCGCCUGAGACACCUGCAACCACAAAUAUGCACGACGAUAUAUGGGUGUGACUCUCAAAGACAAAAGCAACCUGAUCACAGUCGUCUGAUCAUUUGCGCUGUUUUCAGAGAAGUAAUGAUGGUUACAGAGUGCAGGUGAGAACAAGAGGAGCCACCUGGCGCUAUUCGUGAAAGGGUAAAAUGAAGGAAAAUAUUGUCCUGCAAUCCAGGCAACAGCAGGCUGACGAUCACGACUAAGUAACUAAAACAAUAAGUAGGAAUGAUGAUAGCCCAUUAGUAGAAGUACUAUUCAUCUUGUCUCAUGUUACAUUUAGUAAAAAUGUUCCUUUUAGCGUGAAUCAGAUCAACCUAACAGGCUUAAGUUUUGACUUGACCUUAAAGUCAAAUUUUCACUUUAAUACAUGGACUGUAAAAGUUUUUUAAAUGCAGAUGUCAGAUGAGGUUUUGGGACCACAAAACUGAUAGUUAAGUAUGGCAUAACAAACUUGCAACCCUUUAUUUACUAAGAGGAAAAGGUUUUUCUGAGAAACCUAAAGGCUGAAAAGCACAAAAACAAGUCUGAUGCUUUUCAAGAACUAGUAACCUAAAAUCUGUGGUACUUGUAAGUAAUUGAUAAAGCUGUAAAAAGUAGUUUACUAACUUUAAGACAAGCAAUGAACUGAGGGGAUAAUAUAUAAUGAGCAGGUGAAACUGUAUUCAGACAACCAGGUUGAAACAGGGUAAGUAGGUAAAAAAUUAACAUUUACAACAAUUGAAGCAAUUAAUAAUUUUCCCUAAGUAUCACACAGUUAAACAAGAAACUAAAGCAGUGAACUACAAACUCUCUAGUCUGUCUCCUGUAUUGUCUCUUUCCUCUUUACCUUGAUUCUCUCCACGCUUGCCUCCAGCUUCAGUUGUUCCACCAGCCGUCUCAUGUUGGAUAGAUUAGAAUUAGACGUCAUGUUGGUGUAAAAUUGUUUUGGAAAAAGAGAAAAAUCCCCCUGUAACAAACCUCCCUUUGGUCUUUCAACACAGGAGUGGACUCCACUAACGGGCAGACAACGCUGGCAGGGGAGGAGUGGCCAAGUUUCUUUCCAAAGACCUCUGUCCACUCAUCCAAAGAAAGAGGAGCAUGAUUCAUACACCAAUGUAUGUAGAAAAUUUCAAUUUAUUGCACUUCUUAUAAUUUUAUUUUAUUUUUUAACUUUUGAUGACAUUUUGGUAUGCUUUGUAAGUAUUGUAGUGCUGGAGGAAGGGAAAAGAAGGAGUAAAAUGGGUUAAAUAUGGAGGAAAUGGGAGGAGGAAGGAGGACAAGUGGAGAUAAAAAAAGAAAUUCCUUACUCUUUCUUUCUUGUUUUACUCCUACAGAGGGGAAGGAGAGGAAGAAAGAAGAGGCCACAAAUGAGGGAAAGGGAGAGGGUAAUGAUUAGAAGCUUCAUGAGUGUUAUAAUUGGUUUAUAAGAUGUAAAAGUCAAGUAUGCUUAAAUCUCCUGUGAGGAGUUUCUUUGACAUCUUUUGCCUUGUUUUAACAGACAAAAACAAACGAGAUGAUUGGCAACAAGUCUAAUCUUUUUUUAUGUUAUCAUUUUUAAUGUCUUCAACCCAUGUGAGGGGGUAGGUGCCAGCCAUUCAGCCAAAGAGUUAGCCCUGUUUUCAGAAUCUCAGCAUAAAAAAAUCACAAUAAAUUCCACAUUUGAUUUUUUUUUUUCGUCUUAAGACACUUCUUAAGCAUGUUUACCCCUAAUACGUAAAGUUUUGUAGGUAAAACUUGACUGUAAACACUAAAAGAUGAGUAGCAGCUCCAUUAGUGUUUCUGCGCAGGCGCACGCCCAGGCUAUCGUAAAGUGCUGUGAGCUGUCGCACUGCAGCCGGUCCUGCCAAUCCUACGAGGCGCGUCGGGUCUGUCUGCAGCAGCUUUUCCUUCAAACUCACAUGGCUAAUGAAUUACAACAGGCUGCUCUUGUGUCCUCAUUGGUCGGCGGGUGAUUAUCGGGAUUGGCUGUAAGUAGCUUUCGCUGAAAGGUUCACAUUACAGGUGAAGUAACACACGGAAAUGUGAGCCCGAGCGGUCACACCUCCACCUGUUUAUUUUGAAGAGGGUUGGAGACUUGAGCAGAGAUGGUGGAGGUCUUUACAGGGCGGACUCUGCUGAAUAAAGACGGGGAGUUUGUGGACCCUGAAGAAGCGCUGAGGAAUAAAGUAGUGGGGAUUUACUUCUCUGCAGGUUGGUGUCCACCCUGUCGAGACUUCACACCCAUCCUGUGUGAUUUUUACACGGAGCUGGUGGAAGAAACUGAACCUCCAGCUCAGUUUGAAAUAGUUUUUAUCUCCUCUGAUAAGUCCGCGGACGACAUGGUUGAAUAUUAUCAUGACAUGCACGGAGACUGGUUAGCCCUGCCUUGGACAGAUGACUACAAACAGUGAGUAUCAAAACACAAAAAGUUUUCAAAGUUUGGUUUUUGAACUUAUAAAAAGUACUUCCUAGAGUCCUGUCACUUUUCAAAAUGUUUUCACUUGUUUAAUUUACAUGCAAAAGUUAAAAUUGCUCAGCUUUUAUCUUAUUAUGCUCUAAUGCUAUUGUCUUAUUAGUCUGUUAGGCUUCAGCUUAUGUAAAACACUUGAAAGGGUCACCCUCUCAGAGAUUAGUGGAGAGCAGACAGUCUGUCUAUCACAGCCUCCUGAACACUCAUCUCAUUUAUCUAAACUAUGAGCUUUAUUUACACUGUAGUCAGGGAUGCACAGGGCCUCAUUGGUGCAAUAACUUGAAAAAAAGACAAAAAAAGUCCUGAGUUGAAAGGGUUUCUGGAAGUGUUAGCAGCUUAAUGCGUUAAACUAAACCAAACUCGUCUUUUAAAGUACAUUGCAGACUUUUGUCAGUGUUAUCUUGUGGUAUCCUACUCAAUCCAUCAAAAUGACUCAGGGUGCACACUUGAAAACAGUAUUUAUUAUGCAUGAUGUUGUGUAUUUAUAGGUGGACUGUAUAAAAAUACUGUAUAAUAUAUACUGGUAAUAUAAUAUGAUGUAAUUGUCUUUUUUAUCCUGAUUAAUCACACUUUUAUUUCAUAUAUGCAAUUUAUUUUUUGGCAUUUUAAACAGCUUUUGAGUCCAUAUUUAUUGUGUAAAGUAGGGCUGGGCAAUAUGGACAAAAAGUAAUAUCCAGAUAUAUUUAGGCUGAAUAUUAAUAUACGAUGUAUAUCCUGAUAUUGUUAUCGCAAAGUGAGAGCAAAUGUUUAGUCACAGUCAAAGCCAAAUAUGACAUGUCACCAAGUAGUUCUAUUUAAACUGGACAGCUGAGCAUAAUUUCAUCCAACCAAAGGACAAAACAAUGUAAACAUGAAGACUGUAUAACCACAGGAGUACCUUUUUUUAAUCAAAGCUCCAUAAGGUGCACAUUUAAAUGACAAAUAUAUCUUAAAUAAAAAUAGCUCACAAAGUAAAAUAGGCCAAUCCUUUCCUGGAAUAAAUUGAUUUAUAUGAGAAAAGCAAAAAACAUUUUGACAACUAUAAAUGGCCUAUUAAAAUCAAAUUGCCGAUUUUCUUCUCCUCUCUAACAAAUCCACAGAUGCAAACAGCGAACACUACAAAAGAAUUAUAUGACAAAUCUAGUAAGUGCAGCAUUUACAGCUAUAAAGACAGAACAAAAUAAAGUGCUCAGUUGAAGAAAAUUGUUUUAAAAACAUUUCACAUUCAGUCUACAAUCAUAGUUGAAAAAAACAAAAACAAAACUCAAAGUACAACCACUGGAAUUGUAGAAACUUUGACAUUUUUUAGCAGUAAAAAAAUAGUUAAGAAGUCAAAAAAUAGGUAUUUGCCAAAGGACUUAGCAGUGAUCCAGCAGUUUUUUAGACUUCGCAUUGAUGGUACCGCUAUACCAUGGUAGCAGUGGCUCAAAAUAAAACAAUGUAAAAUAAUUUGUCUUUUUCUGUAGCUAUCAUGUAUUCAUAGUGGGAAAAAAGAGUAAAUAAAGCACUUAAAAUAGACAUAAAAUCAAAGUCUUACAGCUCAAAUAAUUGGUCAUAACGUUUUCAAAUUAAUGAUAUUUUCAAGUUUCAAUUUCAAAAUAUAAGAUUUUAUUGCUUGUCCGUCACAAAUGAUAAAAAGUGUGAAUAUUUUGGGGAUUUUAGCCCCUAAUUGGAUAAAACAAGUUAGACAGCCAGCUCUGAGAAAUUAAAAAUCAUCAUUCAUUUAAAAACAAAAGUAUCAAUAAAGUUAUUGUCUACAUGCAUUUAGUAAUACAAAUAAUCAUUGGUGGCAGCCCUGGUCACUCUUAAUGCUGUAAAAUCUUGUUUUGAUUGGUGUGAAAUAAAUGUAGUUUACAGCAUACAGGUAGAAAUGUCAUAUUCAGCUGCAUGUGUUGCAGAAUUUUUAAAGAAUAAUGACUGUUUUUGUGUUUCUUUUCUCUCUCAGUGAGUUAAAGCAGCGCUACAAGAUCACAGCAGUGCCCAAACUGGUGAUAGUAAAGGAGAACGGAGACGUGAUCACAGACAAGGGCAGGAAACAGAUCAGAGACCGAGGUCUGGCCUGCUUCAGGUCCUGGCUGGACGCUGCAGAGAUCUUUCAGAACUUUAAGGGAUAGAAAACCAAAAAAAAAAGGGGAGAGAGAAGGAAAAAGUCGGCCCUUCCCUGCCACAGCUGCAGCCACGUUAGAGAGCUGGACAACACUGAAAUAUUUCUGCUUUCUUUUUUAGUUUGUGGUUCCCAACUGUCGCAGUAAUUUCCCAUGAUGAUUUAAAGCUUUGAAAGAGCAAAUUAUAUUGCUGUUUCAAACUGACCUUGAUCUGUUUUCUUUGUUCUGGUCUAAUCCAGGAUUUAUUUGUACUUCAAAAAUACACUAAAAUGUGUACCUAUCAAAAAUAAUACUUUAAUCAUAUUGCUCAUGCCAUGCUUUGGAGAUGAGUUCAUUUUCAAUCUAAAAGGGUUGAAACGUCUCUUUUCUAGUACUUGACUUUUAGCGAACAGCCUAUGCAUUUACGGCAAUCCUCAGGAGUGUGAUUCACAUGUGAGAAACGUGCUGCUUUAGAGAAAUUGUGCUGGAGUUGAAAAUCUAGUUGGUGUUUUAUGAGGCUGGUGUGUUAAAAAGCUUAAAGGUUUGGUUCUGGUUUUCUGAGGAAAGAUUGUAUGAGGUACCCAUCUAUAGUAAGCAUGUAAAUCUGAAUGCAUUUGUGCCUCACGGAGAAAAUUUCAUGCGCUUUGUGGUCGGAAAGCCACUUUGUUUGGCAAUUCAAUAUACAAGUUUCUCCAUCUGCAGCAGUGUUGUACCUCAUACAACCCAACUUUAGAAAAAAACAAACUAUCCCUUUAACUUUGCCCACUUUUGACAGAGAGCUUGUAAAGCACUCUCGCUUUUCUACUUCUAAAGUCUGUCUUGUAGUUCAACCUUGAGCUGCCUAUAUAUUUUUCUAUUUUGUUUUUAUGAGUUAAGAUGGAUAUUAUUAAAAAAAUAUAUGAUUGUGUGUGUUUUUAUGAGUGGAUUUACUUCACUGUUUGUGCGAUUUCCUUUUGUCAAGGAGCCUGUGUGUGUGUGUGUCUGUGUGUGUGUGUGUUUAACCAACAAACAAAAGGAUUCCCUUAAGUCUUGUUAUGACACACAAAGCCCACAGGACACAGUUCCCAACAUGCUAGCACAUUCACAGCCUUCACACUAAUUGCUUUCCCCC